CCUAGAAAGAAACAAAUAAAAAAAUAACAAUAUUUUUCUUCCGUGAAUAGUACUUUUUACGACUUCAGUACAUUAUCACUAAACUUGAAAUUUCAUUCGUUGAACACCAUUUAACUCGUGAUAUUGUGGAAAUGCAUAUUUACGUAACAUGUUUUCACUGCACAGGCAAAAACAAUAAUAUGAACGUCAUAGUAUUCUUAGUGUUUACCUUGUUUCUAUUUGAUAGUGCAGAAUCAGGAUUAUACAAUGAUAAAGUACCAAAGUACAUCGAAUCGCACGAGUUGAGCUCCAUGGAUUGGUAUGUUCGUUGCAAACUGCAGCCAAAUGGCUUCGAUUGUAAUCAGAAUGAGACCAACCCUAGCAGAUUUUACUACGACAACAAUAUGAGAGCUUGUCGAACGUUCGAGUACGGGGAAUGUGAAUUGAGUUUCAAUACAUUUCAUACACUGCUCGACUGUACUGAAGUUUGUUCUGUACCUGGAGUUCAAUUUAUAGCUGAAAAAUUACCAAUAGGUGUUGGUUGCCGAUUACAACCUGAUUUUGGAGCAUGCAAUGACUACUUUCCCUUGUGGUACUUUGAUGUCUCGACUCGCAAAUGUAAAGGAUUCUCAUACAGUGGAUGUGGAGGGAACCAAAAUAAGUUUACGUCAGCUCAAAUGUGCACAGCCAUGUGUCUAAAACAUGUGGCGUUUCCCAAGAGAAUACCAAUAGAAAAAAUGUAGCCAAGAAGUAAAGAGUAUAGAAUGAAUUGUGCUCAUUGUGAACUAUUUAAUUUUAAAGAUUUAAAUGUAAUGUAAUUAAAGUUUUUAUG